CCAUUGGAAAUAAAUUUCUACGUAUUCUUUGUUGUUUAUCUCGUUUCAAGUUAUAUAAUGUUUUUGUCAUUUAUUAAUCGAUGACUCUCACAAUAGUUACUUUUUGUCUAUUCAUGUUUCUGUCUAUUCAUCUUUCUGUCUAUAGUCUUAGUCGAUCUUUAAUCGAUUUGUUGUUCAAACGUAAUGCAUGGAUAUAUAGUUAAUAUUAGUUUUAGCAAAGUUAACUAUUGUUUUGUUCUUUAGUCAAAUUUUUUAUUGUCCGAGACGAUAUUAUAAGUGUUGAAUAAACAUAACGUAAGAGCUAUUAAUAUUCACUUUAACUAAUGAAAUGUAUAAAUAAAUAUCAGUAAAUAAGUGAACGAUAUGUUAAGCUAGAUAUAAAAGAAAAUUAUUUUAAAAUAUAAUAAUUAUUGAUAUAAUUAUUCGAGUUAUAUAUUCGAUAAUCAUAUUGCAAUAUAAUUAUCUAUUUCAAUAAUUUAAAAAAAAUUUGAAAAAUAAUUCAAAGUUAAGGAUUUUAUAUUUAAAUGAAUAUAUAUUUUAAUAUUCAUUGUUAUAACCUUGUUCUAUAAUAUUAAUAAAAUUGUUUUUUAUUAUUGUAUUCAUUAUCAAUAUUAUAUACUUAUAAUAUUAUAUAUAUAGUUGUUUAUGCAUAUAUAAUUGUAUUUAAUUGUUAAAUAUUCAUGCAAGACCUUGAAAUAUAUUGAUAUGAUUUUCACAAUCACAUAAAAAAGUGCUAUAAAUAUAUGUCAUACAAAUGCCAAUGUUCAGUGCAUAUUUAACAAUAGUGAAAUUUUAUACUGAUUGGAAACUUAUUGGUUGAAUUAUGAAAAAGUUAACGCAUUUACCUUUAAUAACAAGAUUAUCUAAAAAUGUAAUAAGAAUCUUAGGAUGUAACAAAGGAUUUAUGACGUUACAAGGUACAAAUUCAUAUCUCGUUGGUACUGGCAAUAGACGUAUAUUAAUCGAUACAACUGAAAAAAAAAAUGCGAAUGAUUAUAUAAAAUUAUUACAUAGAGUGUUAGAAGAAGAAAAAGCAACUAUCGAACAUUUAUUAAUUACUCAUUGGCACUUUGAUCAUUUAGGAGCAGUGAAUUCCGUUUUAAAUAUGUUAAAAACUAUAAAUACAGAAAUAAAAAGUACAGUAUGGAAAUUUUCAAGAACUCCAAAUGAUAAAAAUUCAAGAAACAUGGAAAAUUUAUUUGAAUGGAAACAAUUAAGAGAUAAACAAAUUAUAGAAGUAGAAGGUGCUAAACUUGACGUGGAGUAUACUCCAGGACAUGCAACUGAUCAUGCUUCUUUUAUGAUGGAAGAUGAAAAAAUAUUAUUUAGUGGAGAUUGUAUUCUUGGAGAAGGUACUGCUGUAUUUGAAGAUUUAAAUGCUUACAUAGCUACUUUGAAAAAAAUGUUGAUGAUGAAACCAAAAGUUAUCUAUCCUGGACAUGGACCAAUAAUAGAAAAUCCAGAAAAUAUAAUUAAUUUUUAUAUUGAAAACCGAUUAAAAAGAGAAAAUGAUAUUUUAAAUAUUCUAGAACAAAAUGCAAAAAAUAAUACAUUGUCUGAAUUGGAUAUUGUGAAUCAUCUAUACACGGAAAUUUCAUCAAAGGAUAUGAGUAAAGCAGCAAUGUAUACUGUAAAAGGUCAUCUUGACAAAUUAUUAAAAGAAGGUAAAGUGAAAGGUGAAAGAGGAAAAUGGCAAAUUAUAUAACUAAUGUUAGUUAAACAAGUUAUUUAAUUUAAAAUUAUGAAUUGUCAAAUAAUAUAUUGCAAUUGUAAAAUAAUAUCUGUAAAUAUGAUAUAAAUGGACAAAAUAUAAUAUUUUAUUAUUUUA